AUUCCUCAGACAUUGCGCGCCGUGACACGCGCACGCGCGCCCUGGAGGAGGAGCGUCAUACAGGAAGACGCGCGCGCCACUGAACCCGCUGAUUCUCUUCAGUCAAAUACUCGCUCACAUCCAUAUUCAGAGAUGCCUCAGCUCUGGCACGCGUUUACUCUCCUUUAUUUGCCGUUUUUAGGCAGCGCCAUUGAUUUUAAAACGCGGAGGGGACCGCAAGUGACGGACAAGGUGUUUUUUGACAUCACUGUCGGAGGACACGAGGUUGGCAGGAUCGUGAUCGGUCUGUUCGGAGAAGUCGCUCCUCUGACCGUGCAGAACUUUGUGGCUCUUGCCACAGGAGAGAAGGGUUACGGGUACAAAGGCAGCAAGUUCCAUCGUGUUAUCAAGGAUUUCAUGAUCCAGGGAGGUGAUUUUACAGCUGGAGACGGAACAGGCGGUAAAAGCAUCUAUGGAAACACAUUUGCGGACGAGAACUUCAAGCUCAGACAUCUGGGCGCAGGUUGGGUCAGUAUGGCGAACGCCGGGCCCGACACCAACGGCUCUCAGUUCUUCAUCACUUUAGCCAGAGCGCCGUGGCUGGACGGCAAACACGUGGUGUUCGGCAAAGUCUUGGAGGGGAUGGCUGUGGUUCACACCAUUGAACUCCAGGACACGAACGAUCGGAACCUGCCGUACACCGAGUGUGUGAUCGUCAACAGCGGGAAGAUCAAGGUGAAAGAGCCUCUGGUGGUGGAGGUGGAGGGAUGGUGAAUCACUGACGCUGUACGUCUGUCUGAUUUAUGCUUCAUGUCAAUAUCUUCAUAUCGGAGUUCUGCUGUGACUGUAUUUUCCUCCAUCGUAUCGUCAUUAGAUUAUUGUCUAACCACUAUGCAGGCAUUUUUUGUAUCAUAUCAGUCCAUAUGUGACGCGAUCUAAUGUGUAACGCCAACUCUCUCCUCACUGCGCAGCACUUUAUGAUCUGCUGUAGGAGUUUAACUGCAGAAAUCAACACAGUGUUUAUUAUCAUCUGCAAGUGCCAUAAGAGACAGACUUGAAUUCUGUUCGAAAUCUUGACCAUUCGAAUUAUCACUUUAAAUUUUGUUUCAAAUGACAUUUAGAUCUGUUAAAAUAAGCUGUAUUUAAAUGUAUGUAAAUUUGAUUCAUUUUGACCUUGUAGUGUGAUUUGCAUUUUUAUUUAGAAACUAAAUGUAUGUACUGUAUGUAUGUUUUUAUCAAUAUAUGUGUGUG